AUGGAGUUUCCUUCCUUUUUUCGUUCGAAUUUUUGGAUGGCAUGUGCAAAUAUGCGAGUUUGGACCCUUUUCUUACUCCUCCUGCUACUGGAGACUGAUGUUGUGUGUUCUAGUUCUGACUACUUGGUUGGUCUUGGAAGCUAUGACAUUACAGGCCCUGCUGCUGAUGUUAACAUGAUGGGCUAUGCUAACACAGGACAGAUUGCAUCUGGAAUUCACUUCAGGCUACGGGCUCGUGCUUUCAUUGUUGCAGAGCCAAAGAGUAACCGGGUAGUGUUUGUGAACCUUGAUGCUUGCAUGGCUUCACAGAUUGUGAAAAUCAAAUUAAUCGAGAGGUUAAAAGCAAGAUAUGGUGAUCUAUAUACAGAAAAUAAUGUAGCCAUUAGUGGAAUUCACACUCAUGCUGGUCCUGGGGGUUAUCUCCAAUAUGUUGUGUAUAUUAUAACAUCUUUUGGAUUUGUGCAUCAGUCUUUUGAUGUCAUUGUCGAUGGCAUUGAGAAAUGCAUUAUCCAGGCCCAUGAAAAUCUCCGCCCAGGAUCAAUAUUUGUCAAUAAGGGAGAACUCUUAGAUGCUGGUGUGAAUCGCAGUCCCAGUGCUUAUCUCAAUAAUCCUGCUGCAGAGAGAAGAAAGUACAAGUAUAAUGUUGAUAAAGAAAUGACUCUUUUAAAAUUUGUUGAUGAUGAAUGGGGACCUGUUGGAAGCUUCAACUGGUUUCCUACUCAUGGAACAUCAAUGAGUCGUACAAACUCAUUAAUUAGUGGGGAUAAUAAAGGUGCUGCUGCACGAUUCAUGGAAGACUGGUUUGAGCAACAAGGUUAUGAAAGAAUGGAUUCUGCUGUAUUUGAAGAUCGUGGUUUGCCUCGAAAAAUCUCAAAUAUAAUUCCCAACCUUCAUAAUAGUAAGCACAAAUUACUAGAAAUUGCUACCUCGUUCCAGUCUUCUUCUGGUAGACCAGCAACCAAAACUUCAAGUGUUGCUAAACGUGUGAGAGGUGCUCAUGGGAAGGUUGAGAAGCCUAGAUUUGUAUCUGCAUUCUGCCAAUCAAAUUGCGGAGAUGUUAGUCCAAAUGUGCUUGGAGCAUUUUGUAUAGACACUGGACUACCAUGUGACUUCAAUCAUAGUACAUGUGGAGGAAAGAAUGAAUUAUGCUAUAGCCGAGGACCUGGCUACCCAGAUGAAUUUGAAAGUACACGCAUUAUUGGGGAAAGACAAUUUAGAAAAGCAGUAGAUCUUUUUACUGCUGCGGAUGAAGAGAUUGAAGGGGAGGUUGAUUUUCGACAUGCCUACAUAGAUUUCUCCCAACUUGAGGUAACCGUUUCUGAUGAAGGAGAUUCUGAGGUUGUAAAGACAUGCCCCGCUGCAAUGGGAUUUGCCUUUGCAGCUGGAACAACAGAUGGACCUGGAGCUUUUGAUUUUACACAAGGUGAUGAUAAGGGCAAUCCUUUCUGGAAGCUGGUGCGUGACAUGCUUAAGACACCAAGCAAAGAACAGAUAGAUUGUCAUCACCCAAAACCCAUUUUGCUAGAUACUGGUGAAAUGAAGAAACCAUAUGAUUGGGCUCCUUCCAUACUUCCAAUUCAGAUCAUUCGAAUUGGGCAAUUGGUCAUUCUUUCUGUACCAGGAGAAUUUACAACAAUGGCUGGGAGGCGUCUUCGUGAUGCAGUGAGGACAGUGCUAACUAGUGAAGAAGAUUUUGAAUAUGAUGACACUUACAUUGUUAUAGCAGGGUUAACUAAUACUUAUUCACAGUACAUCACUACAUAUGAAGAGUACCAGGUGCAAAGAUACGAGGGUGCUUCUACACUAUAUGGCCCCCACACACUGAGUGCAUACAUUCAAGAGUUUAAGAAACUUGCGGAGGCCCUCAUCAACAACGAACCAGUAGAACCUGGUCCUCAACCCCCUGAUCUCUUUGAGAAGCAAAUAAGCUUACUUCCACCAGUAGUGGUGGAUGCAACUCCUCUUGGAGUAAAUUUUGGGGAUGUUUGCGCUGAUGUACUGCAGAACUCCACCUUCAAGAGUGAUGAUAUGGUGACAGCUUCAUUCUGGUCUUCGUGUCCCCGCAAUGACCUUAUGACUGAAGGCACCUUUGCACUGGUGGAGUUCCUCCAAGAAAAGGAUUCUUGGAUUCCUGCAUAUGAUGAUGAUGAUUUCUGUCUGCGUUACAAGUGGUCAAGGCCUUACAAACUCAGUUCAAAGAGUAGAGCAACAUUGGAAUGGAGGAUACCACAGGGUGUUACUCCUGGUGUAUACAGAUUGACACAUUUUGGUGCUGCAAAGGGAUUAUUUGGAUCAAUUCAUCACUUUACAGGUUCAUCCAGUGCUUUUGUGGUAGCCUAA